AUGCCGCACUCUCUAACUGGGACGCCGUCUCCUGGAAUGAUUACCAGCAAUAGCAGCACCCAAGGAAGCAUGUCCUCUUCUAAGGACAACGGUAACGGUGGUACCAUCGCUGGUUUGCACUACCAGAUCGGUAAGAAGAUCGGUGAAGGGUCCUUUGGUGUACUAUUUGAAGGAACAAAUAUCAUAAACGGGAUGCCUGUGGCAGUUAAAUUCGAACCUCGCAAGACAGAGGCACCACAGUUAAAGGAUGAGUAUAGAACCUACAAGAUCCUCGCAGGUACUCCAGGUGUUCCUCAGGCAUAUUAUUUCGGUCAGGAAGGGUUGCACAACAUCUUAGUGAUGGAUUUAUUGGGUCCUUCUUUGGAAGAUCUGUUUGACUGGUGUGGAAGACAGUUCUCUCCAAAGACAGUGGUACAAGUUGCUGUGCAAAUGAUCACACUGAUAGAGGAUUUGCACGCACACGACCUGAUAUACAGAGAUAUUAAGCCUGAUAACUUCCUGGUUGGAAGACCUGGUCAACCUGACGAAAAUAAUAUCCACUUGAUCGACUUCGGUAUGGCCAAGCAAUACAGGGAUCCAAAGACUAAACAACAUAUCCCUUAUAGGGAGAAGAAAUCACUGAGUGGUACCGCAAGAUAUAUGUCCAUCAACACCCACCUGGGCAGAGAGCAAUCUAGAAGAGAUGACAUGGAGGCAUUGGGACAUGUUUUCUUUUAUUUCUUGAGAGGACAAUUGCCAUGGCAAGGGUUGAAAGCUCCAAAUAACAAGCAAAAAUAUGAGAGGAUAGGUGAAAAGAAGAGAACAACUGACGUUUAUGAUCUAGCCAAUGGUUAUCCUGUUCAAUUCGCGAGAUACUUAGAGAUAGUAAGAAAUUUAGGUUUUGAUGAAACACCAGACUACGAAGGCUACCGUAAGUUGUUAGCCUCUGCAUUGGAUGACAUCGGAGAGACUAUGGACGGUAAAUACGACUGGAUGGAGCUUAACGGAGGUCGUGGCUGGGACUUAACGAUUAACAAGAAGCCCAAUUUGCACGGCUAUGGACAUCCAAAUCCGCCUGGUGACAAAUCUCAUAGGAACAGAAACGCUGCCAAAGGUGGUAAUCAUGCAAACGAUGCUAAUCAUGGCGGUCUAGAUCCCACCUCUUAUGAGGCCUAUCAACAACAAACCCAACAGAAGAUGUUGCAACAACAGCAAAAGCAAUCGCAAAGAAAUCAAAAUACUGCAGUUGAUCAGCAAAACUAUAGAUUAAACAACAAUCCAAUAAAUAACACUAGCCAGCCAAAUAACUACAAAGGAAAUGGCGGUAAAGAUACGAAUAUGAUGAACGGCAACGGUAAUGGUAAUAGAUAUAACUUUCAAGAGCAGCCAACUACGACGCAUGGUCAAACCAAAAAUACACAGCAGGACAUGCAUUCCUCUUCAUCUGAGAAAGGAUUUUUCAGUAAGCUGGGUUGUUGCUGA